AACGAUAAGAUACAGGGCCGCCAUUUUAUUGUGCUACAAGAAUCAGUAUUCAACAUAGUGUGUUGUUGUGAUGUGUUAAACAUAAAAAAGGAAAAUGUGGCGAACUGCGUUCUUCGUGUCCUUUUUGGUUGUUGGGAUCAGCUGCGAAAACGCCACCAAAGUAACACCAGCGAAAAGUGUUGCAAAGGAGUCGGGCAUUUGCAGACAAUGUAUCUGUAAAGACGAUAAAGUAAAUUGUUUUGACCAGGGAUUAACCAAGUUCUUCAGCUUAGAUGAGUGGAAAGCGCUCACAGAACUCAAGCCGAAAGAGGUGGAUUUGAGCGAAAAUGCGUUCACAAACGUCACUGUGAUCGGAGACCUACCCAUCGAAGUGCUGAAUUUAUCAAGAUGCAGCAUUGAGACGAUCGAGAAGGCCAGCUUCAGAGACCUGCAGGAGAUGAGGGUCCUUGAUUUGAGUCAUAACCAGCUCACGUCUGCUAAACUCAGUCCGCAUGCUUUUGAGGGUCGUUUCUCCCCUGAAGAAUACGAGCCCCUCACCUCCAUGCGAGUGUUAAGCCUCGCAUACAAUGACCUGCACUCCCUCAACCAGGAUCUGUUUGAGCAUCUCCCGGAACUUGAGGAGUUGGACCUGAGUGGAAAUCCUUUGACCACUAUCGAUCACGUGACUCUUAUUGCUAUCUCCAGUUUACCUAUGAUGAAGGUCCUCCGCAUGCGCUCCUGUCAGCUCACAGAGAUCCCAGAGAAGUUCCUGCACACGCCAAGGUUCCUGGAACGGUUGGACAUUAGCGACAACCGGCUCACAGCAGUGCCGCAAGAGUUGGAGGAAACCAAGAACCUGGUCUAUCUGAACUUGAAUCAAAACCCGAUUGUAGAACUCAACAUGGAAUCUGAGGACUAUCCCGGCUUCCCCCGCCUCCGUAAACUCCAAGAGCUGCACAUGUGCAACAUGCAGUCCCUGCGUCGUAUCGGCGCAGGCGCCCUCGCAGGUCUCGAGAACCUGGUCAGGCUGCAUCUCAGCUACAACCCCUCGCUGGAGUUCAUCGACCCUAAGGCGCUGGCGAGGCCUGACGAUAUCGGCGAGACAUACGACUGGCCGCUUAUUAAGGAGCUCUACGUAAAAUCAAACAACUUAUCAGAGAUUGACUCGAGGAUGCUAUCCCGCUGGGACCUCUUGGAAAAGUUGGACGUGUCAGACAACCCUUACCUGUGCGACUGCUCCACGCAGUGGAUGGUAGACAUACUGGUGCCGCUGGUCGACGAGAAGGGAAGCAACUCUUCUUUGAUGGUCUGCCAAGAGCCGAUUGAGAUGCGCGGCUACACAAUGAAGCAUCUUCAUGACAUCCACCGCCACAUGCGGUGCGUGGACAAGUACGGACACCGACCUGAGAGGGACGGGGCCAUCCUCCUCGGCACUCUCAUUGGAGUGCUCCUAGCCGUGCCCAUUAUGCUGACCCUGGUUCUGUUAUGGCGUCGGGGGUACUUCGGCUGGCUGGGGCUUCGUGGACCCUCGGAGGCGUCCAGAGCCUUCUACAAGCGGGCGCCCGCCGAAGACAACUACUUCUAAUGUAUCUAGUUUUAAGUUAUUUUUAUAAUAAAGUUAUGGUUUUAAGUAAGAA